CCUGGUCAUGUUAGCUCUGAUUGCCCUGCUCGGGUCCAUCCCACGGUCACUGCCCAGGUUCUUCCUGAGGUCGCUGCCCAGGUUCUUCCUGAGGUCAUUUCCCAGGUUCUUCCUGAGGUCACUGCCCCAGUUCUUCCUGAGAUUCCUGCCCAGGUUCUUCCUGAGAUUACUGCCCCGGUUCUUCCUGUGGUCACCGCCGCAACGACGGCCGGAGUCGGAACAUCUUUGGCAGUGUCAGCUCCUGUUGCUUCUACUUCCUUAUCGUCUGUGACAACAAUUACUUCUGCAGCAGUUACCGUGGUUUCUGCCGCAUGUGGCGCUCCUGUUGUGAUCGAAGAGGAGGUUAGUGCUACUCCUAUCAAUAUUGGGGAUACUACAUCUGUUGGUUGUGUGGACGCUGGUGCCAUUGUCGUGCCCAAUAGUCAGCAGCCAGUUAAAUCCACUGCUAUAGGCAAUAAGCGUCGUCGUUCUCCUGGACGGAAGUUGAAAUCGCCUAAGAGCAAGAAGGAUUGUCGCCCUGGUCAUUCUUCUUCUGCUGUCGUUGAGAGUGGUAGUGAUUCGGAGGCCUUUUUCUCUAGCGAUGAGCAUCAAUCGGACGAUUUAUCGUUCUCUUCUGAUGUGUUUGUUGGAUUUAAUCUUCUCCAGCCAGAAGAUGUUCCCCUUCCUGAAGAUGAUUUUACGGACUCAGAAAAAACGGCUUAUCCCUUAACUCAAGUUACACCGGACGUUCCUUUCGCACAGAGGGGAAUGGCUGUUAUUAAUGAACCAGAGGUUGAUUCUCAACUCUCUGAAGAAUCGCGUGUUACUAAUGCCUUUUUUGCAAAUUUAGAUGUUUUUGACAGUGCUGCAACUGCAGCACCGGAACAGAUUGUGGAUUAG